AUGUCGACUCAGCCUCUGCUGCAGCGCACGGCCGCAAAGCGCAUCGCGCUCCCUGUCAGAGUGGAACCUAAGGUGUCGUUUGCGAAUGAGCGCACGUUUCUUUCAUGGCUGCACUUCACGGUCGUGCUCGGUGGCCUUGCCGUAGGGCUGUUAAAUUUUGGAGACCAGAUUGGCAGGAUUAGUGCCGCUAUGUUUUCUGUUGUCGCCAUGGCUGUAAUGCUCUACGCCCUCUACACAUACCACUGGCGCGCGAACGCCAUCCGUACAGGCGGACGUGGUCCGUACGAUGACCGUUUUGGUCCCACAAUACUAUGCAUUGCUUUGCUCGUUGCUAUCGUUGCCAACUUCAUUCUACGCUUCACACAGCCCGAUGUAUAA